AAAAAAUAAAAGCUUAUGGAAAAUGCAGCAAGAAUAAAAGGAUCAUGUAUGCUCACCCAGAUUUCCUAACUCUUAAUAUCUUGCCCUGUUUUUAUUGUUUUGGGUGUUCUGUUGCCCUGGCUGGUAUGGUACCACAGUAGCACACACUUCAUGCACACAGCGGGGUGCAGGCGCCCGGGAGGGGAGGGGACCCUGGGACACGCAGCGCAGCGCCGCGCAGCGCCCCCUGCCGCCCGCGGGAGAAACGAGCACGGCUGGCUGGACGCGGGAACAUGGCGCGGCCGCCGGCGAGCCUCGGGUCGCCGGCGCCCGACGGGGACCGCAGGGAGGCCAACGUGGUGACGCGAGUGUCGCAGUGGGCGGACAACCACCUGCGCCUUGUCCAGAACAUCAGCACUGGAAUGGCCAUAGUUGGAAUCAUGAUUCUAAUAAGAAGUGUUCGACUGACAUCAAAAUUUACAACCUCUUCAGAUAUUCCAGUAGAAUUUAUAAGAAAGAAAGUUAAACUACGUGGCCGAUUACACCGGAUAACUGAGUGUGGUCUAGAAAUUGAACAUAUUCCUAUUGCUUUACCUUUUAUAUCUUCGUGGAAAAAGGAGCCACGUGGGCUUUUGCUGGUUAAGCUGGCUGGAGUAGAACUCACUGAAACCGGUAAGAUCUGGUUACAGAACGAGCUCAAACCUUCCCAGCUGUUGUGGUUCCAGCUUCUUGGAAAGGAGAAUUCGGCACUCUUCUGCUACCUUUUGGUGAACAAGGGUGGAUAUUUUAAUGUGAAUCUGAAUGAGGAAAUUUUGAGAAGAGGCUUGGGCAAAACUGUUCUUGUUGAAGGGCUAAAUUAUGACUCAAAAACCCACUGGGAAGUCCACAGAAACUUACUUAAAGCUGAAUUGACAGCCUUAAAGAAAGGAGAAGGAAUAUGGAAAGAAGAAUCUGAAAAAGAAAGUUAUUUUGAAAAAUUCAAAGAUUCCUGGAGAGAAAGAUGGAAAAAGGACGAUUGUUUAAAAACAACCAGACCAGAUUUCAACUUGACCAAAGAAAGUUAUUUUGACAGAUUUCGGAGGGCUUAUGGAAGCUGGAAGGACAACGUGGGCAACUUCUCUUUAGUUUUGAAACUCAGAGAACUUGUGAGCCGCUUACACUUUUGGAGAAAAGGAUGAAGCAUCCUUCAGGUGACCUCUGAAGAGUGAAAUGCAUGGACCACUUUUUGUUGAGCCAAAAUGGAAAUUCCUGCAGGUGACCUUAAUUCUAGUCUAGUUGUCCUUAAAUAUUAAAGAUAUUGUUAAUAUCAAAAUCAUUUUGAAAGAGUUAUGAUCAAUGUAUUGUACUUCCAAGGAAAAUGACACACUAUAGAAAGUUACCUGGUUGGAAGAUAUAUGUAACUAAUGUUUUGCUUUUUCCUUCUCCCUCCCUGCCCCCUAGUGCUAGGGAUGAACUCAGGGCCUCAUGCCCUCUGGACUACCUAGCACACCACUACUGAGCUACAUUGACAGCCCUGUAUUGUUAAUACCUCAAGAGAAAAUUUAAGGGGCUGGAGAAAUGGCUCAGUGGUUAAGAGCACUGAAUGCUUUCCCAGAGGACCUGGGUUCAGUUCCCA